AUGCCUCCCAGAGCAUCUCUAACACCAUCAGAAAUAGCCACCCACAAGCGGAACAGCAAAACAAAGGCCAAGGCGAGUCAAGAAUCUGGUGGUGAAAAUCAAGGCGAUACAGAUAAACCAUUGCAACGGUCGUCGAAGAUAAAGGCCUUAGAGCGGAAAGUUUGGAAUGAGACAAUGGCCAAUAGUCGUAAGCGCGCACCCACAGUAACUGGACUGCAAUCAGCACCUGCAGCCAAAUUAGCACGGAAGAUACCUGCAAAAAAGCUAGAUCACAACAAUGACCGUGGUCAAGAAGCACAUGAAGUUAUCAGUCAUGCUGAAAGUCGAGGUCGUGAGAGAUCAAUGCGCUCUUUGAAAUCAGCCACGGUGUCAAUUGAAGAUAGUGACACUGUUAGUGAAUACGGAGAGAGUGACGAUGCAUCUGAAAAAUCAGACAACGACAUGGAAGUUCCUGAGGAUGAUGACUUUGAGUCACUCUCCCAGGAGGAACUCAUUAAAGAGAUUCCCCAUUUUGUGCGCACGGGUAGCAAUGUAUCUGAAUGGAUGGCCUCUGGCACUACUGCCAGUGUUCCUCAAGUUGAUGUUGCUGACAAAGCCUCUGAUGGUCAUUCCAAGCCAUAUUACCGUGAAGCAACAGCCGUCACCAAACACCAGCCAGACAAGAAGAAAGACAAGAAGAAAAAGAGCAAGCUAGAAGAACGACAAGACCUUGAGAGACCUAAAUUUGUGGAGACUGUGGUGCCGCCGCGGCCAGCUUCAGAUGUCACUCAUGUGUCAGCUUCUGAGUCUGAUCAUUCUUUUACAUGGCCCAUAUUCACAGAUCUAGUCUACUCAGCAGACGGCUCUAUCAACCUCAAGGCUCAAAACACCCGGAUACAGAAUGUGUUGAAGGCCGCCAUGUUCGAACUCAAGAAAGCCUCUCUCUUCAACAAUGCAUUCCCCAACAUCACUCAGAAGCGAAAGAUGGCCCUGGAAGCGGUCCAUACCGCUGCCGGGAAGCGCAAGGAAUAUGUGAUAUUAAAGAGGAUGAAGCACGACUUUGAUUACGCACUGGCUCUGGCCGGGAUCCCGGAGGGACGAAUGAGCUCCUUCCGCACUAAUCUCAAGAAGCUCACACAUCAAAUUGUUUAUAUUUUUCCAACCGAUGCCAAGGGUAAGGUCCUUGGGGACCAACCGUUUUGUGAUGAGGCUACCAUUGACAUCAUCCGAUUGUCAUUCUUUGAUGGCGGUGAGGACUCAUUUGGCAGUCAGUGCCAUGAUGAUUUCGUUUCUGUCUUAGAUGGAAACAAUGAGCCAGAGCUACCGGUGGCUAUGGUGUGUUUGACUGCAACUAUGAUUUAUGCGAUAUUGAAGGAUUGGAGUAGCGGCAACCCGCCUUCAAAUGCGCAAGUCAAAUCAUUCAAUGCCUCCUCCCACGUCGAUGUUUACAAGGCUCACCAAGCGACUCUCAACCACAUCUUCAAUGGUAGUAUAAAGAAGUACCAUGCACUGAUGGCACGGCUUUACAAGGCAGUCAGUGCAAUCGAGAACUCGGCGUCCACUGCCUCAUCAAGCACUUGCGACUAUCUCGAUCUCGAUGCAAUGGUCGAAGAAUAA